CCGCCUGCCGCUCUCGCGGGACUUGCGGCAGCUCUCGCGGGAUCUCGGGCCGCGGCCGGGGCUCAGUGUAAGAUGGCGGCGGCGGCAGCGGCGGGACGGGCCCGGGCCGGGCUCUGACCCCCCCCUGCUCUCCCCGCUCGCUCAAGCAGCUCCCGGCUCCCUCCCCCUCGCAGCGACCGGGCCGGGCUGAGGAUGGACUGGGAGUGAUCCCCGGCGGAGCACGAGGACCGGAACCCCCAAAAUGAAAGUGGAUCGGACGAAACUGAAGAAAACUCCCACGGAGGCGCCCGCCGACUGCCGGGCCCUCAUCGAGAAGCUGAAGGGCUGCAGUGAUGAGCAGCUGGUGACAGAACUGCAGCAGAUCAAGACAUGGAACAUUGGGAAGUGCGAGCUGUACCACUGGGUGGACCUGCUGGACCGCUUCGACGCGCUGCUGGCCGAGGCGGGCCGGCCGGUGGAGGCCAUGAGCUGGAUGCUGGCCUGCGACCGGCCCGAGCGCCAGCCCCUCAAGGCCCUGCUGCUGGCCCUGCUCAACUUCACGGCCCUGCUCAUCGAGUACAGCUUCUCCCGCCACCUCUACAGCUCUAUCGAGCACCUGACCACGCUGCUGGCCUCCUCGGACAUGCACGUGGUGCUGGCCGUGCUCAACCUGCUCUACGUGUUCAGCAAACGCUCCAACUACAUCACCCGCCUGGGCUCUGAGCGCCGCGGGCCCCUGCUGGCCCGCCUGCAGCACCUGGCUGAGAGCUGGGGUGGAAAGGAGAAUGGAUUUGGGCUGGCUGAGUGCUGCCGGGACCUGCACAUGAUGAAAUACCCCCCCAGUGCCACCACCCUGCACUUCGAGUUCUACGCUGAGCCGGGCGUUGAGGUGAAGGUGGACAAGAGGGCCACCAGCACCACCCUGCACUACAUCCACAUCGAACAGCUGGACAAGAUCUCAGAGAGCCCCUCGGAGAUCAUGGAGUCCCUGACCAAGAUGUACAGCAUCCCCAAGGACAAGCAGAUGCUGCUGUUCACCCACAUCCGCCUGGCCCACGGCUUCUCCAACCACAAGAAGCGGCUGCAGGCGGUGCAGGCGCGGCUCCACGCCAUCUCCAUCCUGGUGUACUCCAACGCGCUGCAGGAGUCGGCCAACAGCAUCCUGUACAACGGGCUGAUCGAGGAGCUGGUGGAUGUGCUGCAGAUCACCGACAAGCAGCUGAUGGACAUCAAGGCGGCCUCCCUGCGGACGCUGACGUCCAUCGUGCACCUGGAGCGGACGCCGAAGCUCAGCAGCAUCAUCGACUGCACCGGCACCGCCUCCUACCACGGCUUCCUGCCCGUGCUGGUGCGCAACUGCAUCCAGGCCAUGAUCGACCCUUCCAUGGAGCCCUACCCCCACCAGUUUGCCACGGCGCUCUUCUCCUUCCUGUACCACCUGGCCAGCUACGACGCAGGCGGCGAGGCGCUGGUCUCGUGCGGCAUGAUGGAGGCGCUGCUCAAGGUGAUCAAGUUCCUGGGGGACGAGCAGGACCAGAUCACGUUCGUCACGCGGGCGGUGCGGGUGGUGGAUCUCAUCACCAACCUGGACAUGGCCGCCUUCCAGUCGCACAGCGGGUUGUCCAUCUUCAUCUACCGCCUCGAGCACGAGGUGGACCUGUGCCGCCGCGAGUGUCCCUUUGUCAUCAAGCCCAAAGUGCAGCGCCCGCCCGCUGCCACCCUGCCCGAGGGCGAGGACAUGGAGACGGACAUGGAAGUGACCGACGUGGCCAUGGAGAGCAGCCCCGGCCCCUCAGCCGAAGCCCGGCCGGACCCGGUGCCACCAGCCCCAACCGCCGUGCCCAGCACCAGCGCUGCCACCCCCUCCCCACGCGGCGGAGUGCAGUGCAUCCCCCAGCGCGCCGCUUUGCUCAAAUCCAUGCUGAACUUCCUCAAAAAAGCCAUCCAAGACCCCGCCUUCUCCGACGGCAUCCGGCACGUGAUGGACGGCUCGCUGCCCACCUCGCUGAAGCACAUCAUCAGCAACGCCGAGUACUACGGCCCCUCGCUGUUCCUGCUGGCGACCGAGGUGGUGACGGUCUUCGUGUUCCAGGAGCCCUCGCUGCUGUCCUCGCUGCAGGACAACGGCCUCACCGACGUCAUGCUGCACGCUCUGCUCAUCAAGGACGUGCCGGCGACGCGGGAGGUGCUGGGCUCUCUGCCCAACGUGUUCAGCGCGCUGUGCCUGAACGCGCGGGGGCUGCAGAGCUUCGUGCAGUGCCAGCCCUUCGAGCGCCUCUUCAAGGUGCUGCUGUCCCCCGACUACCUGCCCGCCAUGCGCCGCCGCCGCAGCUCCGACCCCCUGGGUGACACAGCGUCCAACCUGGGCAGCGCCGUGGACGAGCUGAUGCGACACCAGCCCACGCUCAAGACCGACGCCACCACCGCCAUCAUCAAGCUGCUGGAGGAGAUCUGCAGCCUGGGCCGGGACCCCAAGUACAUCUGCCAGAAGCCGUCGAUGCAGAAGGCGGACGGGACGGCGGCCGCGCCGCCCCCACGCUCGCCCCACGCCGCCGAGGAGGCCUCGAGCGAGGAUGAGGAGGAGGAGGAAGUGCAAGCCAUGCAGAGCUUCGGGGCUGCCCAGCAGAGCGAGGCAGAGCCCAGCCAGACCGUGGUGGGCACGGAGGAACGCAUCCCCAUCCCCCUCAUGGACUACAUCCUCAACGUGAUGAAGUUCGUGGAGUCCAUCCUGAGCAACAACACCACGGACGAUCACUGCCAGGAGUUCGUGGCCCAGCGGGGGCUGCGGCCACUUGUCACCAUCCUGGGGCUGCCCAACCUGCCCGUGGACUUCCCCACCUCUGCAGCCUGCCAGGCCGUGGCUGGGGUCUGCAAAUCCAUCCUGACUCUCUCCCACGAGCCCAAGGUGCUGCAGGAGGGGCUGGUGCAGCUGGAGGCCGUGCUGUCGGCGCUGGAGCCGCUGCACCGGCCCAUCGAGGCCCCGGGGGGCUCGGUGCUGCUGCGGGAGCUGGCCGGGGCCGGGGCCGUGCCCGAUGCCACCCUGUCAGCUCAGGCCACCCCCCUGCUGCACGCCCUGACCGCCGCCCACGCCUUCAUCAUGAUGUUUGUGCACACCUGCAGGGUGGGACAGAGCGAGAUCAGGGCCAUCUCAGUGAACCAGUGGGGAUCCCAGCUGGGACUGAGCGUGCUGGGCAAGCUGAGCCAGCUCUACUGCUCCCUGGUGUGGGAGAGCACCGUGCUGCUGUCCCUCUGCACCCCCAACAGCCUCCCCCCAGGCUGUGAAUUUGGCCAGGCUGACAUGCAGAAACUCGUGCCCAAGGAGGAGAAAACAGCCCCCAGCCCUCCCCAGGGUGGCCGUAGGGCAGAGGGUGAGGCGGAGGGCCCGGGCCCUGCGGGGGGGGUGGGCAGUGACCCCCCCCCAGCCCAGGGGCUGCUGGAGGGGAUGGGGCUGGAGGGGGAGCCCCUGGCCCCCAUGGAGACGGACGAGCCCAGCACCAGCGACCCCAAAGCCAAGGCCAAGAUCACCCCAGCCAUGGCUGCCCGCAUCAAACAGAUCAAACCCCUGCUCUCCGCCUCGUCGCGGCUGGGCCGGGCGCUGGCCGAGCUCUUCGGGCUGCUGGUCAAGCUGUGCGUGGGCUCCCCGGUGCGGCAGCGCCGCAGCCACCACGCGGCCGCCGCUGCCCCCGCGCCCACCGCGGCCGCCCGCGCCACGGCCUCGGCGCUGACCCGCCUGCUGACCAAGGGGCUGAGCUGGCAACCGCCACCGUACACCCCCACGCCACGGUUCCGGCUGACGUUCUUCAUCUGCUCGGUGGGGUUCACGUCGCCCAUGCUGUUCGACGAGCGCAAGUUCCCCUAUCACCUCAUGCUGCAGAAAUUCCUCUGCUCCGGCGGCCACAACGCCCUCUUCGAGACCUUUAACUGGGCACUGUCCAUGGGGGGCAAGGUGCCGGUGGGGGAAGGUCUGGAGCACCCCGACCUGCCAGACGGCACCGGCGAGUUCCUGGAUGCGUGGCUGAUGCUGGUGGAGAAGAUGGUGAACCCCAGCACGGUGCUGGAGUCCCCCCACGCUCUGCCUGCCAAGGCCCCCCCACAUGGACACCCCCCCUUCAGCGCCCUGCGCUUCCUGGUGGUCACCCAGAAGGCUGCCUUCGCCUGCAUCAAGCAGCUGUGGCAGCGGCGGCCGCUGAAGGUGUACGGGGGCCGCAUGGCCGAGUCCAUGCUGGCCAUCCUGUGCCACAUCCUGCGGGCCGAGCCGCUGCUGCGCGAGCGCCUGGGCCGCGAGCGAGAGGGGCCCGCGCCCGACGAGCCCGGGGGCGACGAGGGGGGCGCCCGCAGGGAGCCCCACGUCAACCAGCAGCAGCUGCAGCAGGUUCUGUGUGUGGGUUUCUCCCGGGAGCACGCCAUGGAGGCCCUGCUCAACACCAACACCAUGGAGCAGGCCACGGAGUACCUGCUCACCCACCCACCCCCGCUCAUGGGGGGCUCAGCACGGGACCUGAGCAUGUCAGAGGAGGAUCAGAUGAUGAGAGCCAUCGCCAUGUCCCUGGGCCAGGACAUCCCCAUGGAGCAGCGUGCUGAGUCCCCAGAGGAGGCCGCGUGCCGCAAGGAGGAGGAGGAGCGGCGGGCGCGGGAGCGGCAGGAGGAGGAGGAGGCCAAGUGCCUGGAGAAGUUCGAGGGGGCCGAGCCCCUGGAGGCAGCCGAGCUCGGGGCCUUCACGGACUCGAUGCUGCCCGGCUGCUCGCAGCUGCUGGACGAGCUGCCCGACACCGUCUACCGCGUCUGCGACCUGCUGAUGACGGCCGUGCGCCGCAACGGCCCGGCCUACCGGGACAGCGUGCUCAAACAGGUGGUGCAGCAGGUGUGGGAGGCGGCCGAUGUCCUGAUCAAGGCGGCCGUGCCGCUGACCACCAGCGACACCAAGACGGUGUCGGAGUGGAUCAGCCAAAUGGCCACCCUGCCCCAGGCCUCCAACCUGGCCACGCGCAUCCUGCUGCUCACCCUGCUCUUUGAGGAGCUGAAGCUGCCCUGUGCCCGUGUGGUGGAGUCCAGCUGCGUGCUGGACGUGCUGAUCAAGCUGCUGGAGGUGGUGCAGCCCUGCCUGCAGGCUGCCAAGGAGCACAAGGAGGUGCAGACCCCCAAGUGGAUCACCCCUGUGCUGCUGCUGAUCGAUUUCUAUGAGAAGACAGCCGUGUCCUCCAAGCGCCGCGCGCAGAUGAACAAGUACCUGCAGGCCACUGGGAACAACUGGCGCUGGUUCGACGACCGCUCGGGCCGCUGGUGCAGCUACAGCGCCAGCAACAACAGCACCAUCGACGCCGCCUGGCGGGCCGGGGAGCCCAGCGUGCGCUUCACGGCCGGCAGGCGGCGCUACACCGUGCAGUUCACCACCAUGGUGCAGGUGAACGAGGAGACCGGGAACCGGCGCCCGGUGAUGCUGACGCUGCUGAGACCCCCCCGUGCCGGGAAGGGCCGCGACGAGGGGGGCGCCGAGGACCCCGAGGGGAAGAGCAAGGACGAGACCCCCGCUCCAGAUCCCCCCUCUACAGACGAAGACCCCCCUUCCACCACCACCACCAGCACCACUCCCACCGCCCCCUGCCCAUCCCCUCCCUGCCCCACUCCCACCCCCGAGGAGCCCCGGGACGACCCCGGCGCCGACGCCGAGGCUCCGGUGCGGGGCCUGGCGGAGGAGGCGGUGCCGGCCGUGCUGCGGGCGUGCGUCAGCAUGCUGGGGGUGCCCGUGGACCCCGACACGCUGCACGCCACGCUGCGCCUGUGCCUGCGCCUGACGCGGCAGCACAAGCACGCGCUGCUGUUCGCCGAGCUGCGCUCCACCCGCACCAUCCUGGCGCUCACGCAGAGCUCCGGCUUCACCGGCUUCACCCCGCUGGUCACGCUGCUCUUCCGGCACAUCAUCGAGGACCCCUGCACGCUGCGGCACACCAUGGAGAAGGUGGUGCGGUCAGCAGCCACCAGCGGGGCGGGCAGCACCACCUCGGGCGUGGUGUCGGGCAGCCUGGGCUCACGGGAGGUGAAUUACAUCCUGCGGGUGCUGGGCCCCGCCGCCUGCCGCAGCCCCCACGUCUUCACCGAGGUGGCCACGGGCUGCAUCCGCAUCGCCCUGCCCGCGCCGCGCGGCUCCGGCACCGCCUCUGACGACGAGUUUGAGAACCUGCGGAUCAAGGGGCCCAACGCGGUGCAGCUGGUGAAGACCACGCCGGCCAAGGCGGCCGCGCUGCCGCCCAUCCCCGAGCCCAUCCGCGACGUCAUCUACGACAUGCUCAACGCCCUGGCCGCCUACCACGCCCCCGACGAGGGUGACAAGGGGGACCCCAAGAGCGCGGCGCCCAGCGAGGUGAGCCAGCUGCUGUCGGACAUUGGGGACGACAUGUACCAGCAGUACCGCAGCCUCACCCGGCCCCCCGCCGACUUCGACCCCCCCGCCGGCUUUGCCAUCAACGCCCAGGUUUUCGCUGCUGAUGGAGCCUCGGCCGAGACGCCGCCCUCGGGAACCCCCCAGGGAGAAGCAUCCAGCCCCGAGGAGGGCCGCGAGGGCCGCAAGGAGAAGGAGGGGGAGCGCGGUGAGGAGCGGGGCCGGGCGCGGGGCUCCAAGCCCCUGAUGCCCACCUCGACCAUCCUGCGGCUGCUGGCAGAGCUGGUGCGCUCCUACGUGGGCAUCGCCGCCCUGAUCGCCAACUACAGCUACAGCGUGGGCCAGUCCGAGCUCAUCAAGGAGGACUGCAGUGUGCUGGCCUUUGUCCUGGACCACCUGCUGCCACACCAGCAGAACGCCGAGGACAAGGACACGCCGGCGCUGGCGCGGCUCUUCCUGGCCAGCCUGGCCGCGGCUGGCAGUGGCACCGAUGCCCAGGUGGCCCUGGUCAACGAGGUCAAGGCCGCCCUCGGCCGCGCCCUGGCCAUGGCCGAGAGCACCGAGAAACAUGCCAGGCUCCAGGCCGUCAUGUGCAUCAUCAGCACCAUCAUGGAGUCGUGCCCGUCCACCUCGAGCUUCUACAGCAGCGCGGCCAAGCCGCCCCACAACGGCAUGAACAACAUCAUCCGCCUGUUCCUCAAGAAGGGGCUGGUCAACGACCUGGCCCGCGUGCCCCACAGCCUCGACCUGUCCAGCCCCAACAUGGCCAACACGGUGAACGCGGCGCUGAAGCCGCUGGAGACACUGUCGCGCAUCGUGAACCAGCCCAGCGGGCUCUUCGGGGCCAAGGGCUCCUCCAGCAAGAGCAAGGCCGAGGGCAACGGGGGCGCCCGCGAGGCGGGGGCUGCACCCCCCGAUGGAGGGGACCCUGGGGACCCUGAGCCCCCCGAGGAGGACGCGGAGGCGGCGCAGGCCGAGGCGGCCGACGGGGACAUGGACGGCGAGGCCGAGGGGGACACGGUGGUGCUGGCCGGGCAGCCCGAGGGGCUCAGCACCCAGGAGAUGCAGGUGGAGAAUGAGCUGGAGGAUCUGAUCGAUGAGCUGCUGGAGAGGGACGGCGCCGACGGCAACAGCGCCAUCAUCGUGAGCCGCUCGGCCGAGGACGAGUCUCAGGAGGACGUUCUGAUGGAUGAGGCUCCCUCCAACCUCAGCCAGGCCUCCACACUGCAGGCCAACCGUGAAGAUUCCAUGAACAUCCUGGACCCUGAGGAUGAGGAGGAGCACACACAGGAGGAGGACAGCAGCGGCAGCAACGAGGACGAGGACGACAGCCAGGACGAGGAGGAAGAGGAGGAGGAGGAGGAUGAGGAUGAUCAGGACGAUGAGGAGGGUGAGGAAGGUGAGGAGGAGGAGGAUGAUGAUGAUGGCUCGGAGAUGGAGCUGGAUGAGGAUUACCCCGACAUGAACGCCUCGCCCCUCGUGCGCUUCGAGCGCUUCGACCGCGACGACGACCUCAUCAUCGAGUUUGACAACAUGUUCUCCAGCCCCACUGACAUCCCGCCAUCCCCCGGGAACAUCCCUGCCAGCCACCCUCUGCUGGUGCGGCACGCCGAGCACGGGGGGCUGGGGCUGGGGGCCGGCCCGGGGGGCGCCCGCCUGGCCCAGGGGCUGGGCCGGAGCCAGCGCACGCUGCGGCAGCUCACGGCCAACGCCGGCCACACCAUCCACGUCCACUACCCGGGGGCCCGGCAGCCAAACCCCCCCCUGAUCCUGCAGCGGCUCCUGGGCCCCUCGGCGGCCGCAGACAUCCUGCAGCUGAGCAGCAGCCUCCCGCUGCAGAGCCGGGGCCGGGCGCGGCUGCUGGUGGGCAACGAGGACGUGCACAUCAUCGCCCGCUCCGACGACGAGCUGCUGGAUGACUUCUUCCACGAGCAGGGCAGCGCGGGCAGCCAGGCAGGGACCCUGUCCAGCAUCCCCACGGCCCUGACGCGCUGGACCGAGGAGUGCAAGGUCCUGGACGCCGAGAGCAUGCACGACUGCGUGUCUGUGGUCAAGGUGCCCAUCCUGGCCCGGCUGGAGGCGCUGCGGGACGAGGAGCUGGACGAGCGGCGCGAGAAGCGCCGGCGCCAGGCGGCCGAGGACGAGGCCAAAGGCGCCGAGCGCGGCGCCGAGGACAAGGACGGGGUGGAGACCCAGGACGCGGCGUCCAAAGCCGGCCCCGCUUCGGCCGACGUCACCCCCCCAGAACACAGCGGGACCCCGGGAGAGACCCCCCCUCCCGGUCCCCACCGGACACUGGUGAUGCUGGAACCGACACCGACCACCCCAGACACCCCCCCAGGAGCCCCCCAAAUCCCUGCUCGCCCCCCCCAGCCCCCUGAACACGAAGAGGGGGGGCCUGGACGACCCCCCCAAGAUGCUGAGGCCACUCAGAUGGAGCUGUCACCUGCCCCCACCAUCACAUCGCUGUCACCGGAGCGGGCGGAGGACUCGGACGCGCUGACGGCCGUGAGCAGCCAGCUGGAGGGGUCCCCCAUGGACACCUCGAGUUUGGCCUCCUGCACCUUGGAAGAGUCUGGGGGGGCUCCCUCUGCCCCCACAGCCCCUCAGAACCCCCCUGGAACCCCCCAAGGACCCCCUCCCGCCCCCCCCGACACCGCUCAGCCUCCGGACGAUAGCUCCCCCCCAGCCUCAUCCUCGGAGAGUUCGUCCACCCGGGACUCGGCCGGGGCCAUUUCCGGGGCCGACUCACGGGGGAUCCUGGAGGAGCCGCUGCCGUCCACCAGCAGCGAGGAGGAGGAUCCGCUGGCCGGGAUCAGCCUCCCCGAGGGCGUGGACCCGUCCUUCCUGGCCGCCUUACCCGAUGACAUCAGGCGGGAGGUGCUGCAGAACCAGCUGGGGAUCCGCCCACCUGCGCGGGCCCCGCCCACCGCCAGCCCCGCCCCUCCCGUGGUGGCCAAUCCCGGCCUCACCGAGGUCAGCCCCGAGUUCCUGGCGGCGCUGCCCCCGGCCAUCCAGGAGGAGGUGCUGGCGCAGCAGCGGGCGGAGCAGCAGCGGCGGGAGCUGGCUCAGGCCACGGGCUCGGACGCGCCCAUGGACCCGGUGACGUUCAUCCAGACGCUGCCGUCCGAGCUGCGGCGCUCGGUGCUGGAGGACAUGGAGGACUCGGUGCUGGCCGUGAUGCCGCCGGACAUCGCGGCCGAGGCGCAGGCGCUGCGGCGUGAGCAGGAGGCGCGGCAGCGGCAGCUCAUGCACGAGCGCCUCUUCGGCCACUCCAGCACCUCGGCGCUCUCGGCCAUCCUGCGCAGCCCCGCGUUCACCAGCCGGCUCAGCGGGAACCGGGGCGUUCAGUACACGCGGCUGGCGGUGCAGAGGGGGGGCACCUUCCACAUGGGGGGCACCGGCACCCACAGCAGGCCGGCGGGCAGCAGCGUGGACAGCCUGCUGCGCCUGCGGGGGCGCCUGCUGCUGGACCACGAGGCCCUGUCCUGCCUGCUGGUGCUGCUCUUCGUGGACGAGCCCAAGCUGAACACCAGCCGCCUGCACCGCGUCCUGCGCAACCUCUGCUACCACGCUCCCACGCGGGGCUGGGUGGUCCGCAGCCUGCUGUCCAUCCUGCAGCGCAGCAGCGAGAGCGAGCUGUGCCUCGAGACCCCCCGCGGGACCCCCGGGCCGGGCGCCGAGGAGCGGCCGCGGGGCCGCGGGGGCGGGAGCCGCUCCGGGCCCGGUUCGGCCGCGGAGCCGCGCGGGCUGGACCUGCUGCACCGCAUGGAAUCGCGCAGCUCCGGGCAGCUCUCCUGGCUCUCCGUGUCCAUGGACGCGGCCUUGGGCUGCAGGACCAACAUCUUCCAGAUCCAGCGCGUGCCCGGCCGCAAGCACACGGAGAAACACGCGGCGGCCGCCGGCUCCGCCGUGCACAUCCACCCGCAGGCCGCGCCCGUGGUGUGCCGGCACGUGCUGGACACCCUCAUCCAGCUGGCCAAGGUCUUCCCCAGCCACUUCACCCAACAACGAGGCCGAGACCCCGCCACCGACCCGGAGCGCGACCGCGGCCCCCCCAAAUCGGGGGGCAGCCCUUGCCCUCCCCCACCCCCCCAAACCCCACCAGCACCCCCACCCCCUCCCCCCCCCACCGGCGCCCCCUCCCAAACCCUGCCCCCCCAAUCCCAAUCCGGCUCGCUGUCCACGGAUUUCUGGGACCUGCUGGUCAAGCUGGACAACAUGAACGUGAGCCGGAAGGGGAAGGGGUCGGCGCGGGCGGGGGCGGCGGGGGGGGGCCCCGAGCCCGAGGCGGCCGGGGGGGGCCUGGAGGCGUCGCCGCUGGGGCAGCUGAUGAACAUGCUGUCGCACGGCGUCAUCCGCCGCAGCCCCCUCCUCACCGAGAAGCUGCUGCGCCUCCUGUCCCUCAUCUCCAUCGCCCUCCCCGAGGGGGGCAAGGCCGGCGAGGGGGGGGCAGCGCCCCAGAACGGAGCCCCCGCCCCCCCCGCGCCCGCCCCGCCCGCUGCAGGGGGUGGCACGGGGACAGGGACGGGGACGGGGGCGGCCGCAGCGCCCGGGAGCCCCCCGGGACAGGGGGGCAACGGAGGAGGAGGAGGAGGAGGAGGAGGAGCGGGCACGGCUGGAGGAACCGCGGCCCCUGCCAAGAGCUCCAAGUCCCCUGCCAAGGUCCCCGAGGGUGGUCCCGACCCCCGGCUGGCGGCCACGGGCCUGACCGAGAGCCAGCUCCAGCUCUCCGUGGAGGUGCUGACGUCGCACUCGUGCUCGGAGGAGGGGCUGGAGGACGCGGCCAAUGUCCUGCUGCAGCUGUCCCGGGGGGACGCGGGGACAAGGGACACGGUGCUGCGGCUGCUGCUCAGUGGGGCCCGGCAGCUGGGGGGGGCCCUGUGCCGCCAGAUUGGGACGCUGCUGGCCGAGCUCCGUGAGUACAACCUGGAGCAGCAGCGGCGGGCGCAGCUCGAGGCCCCGUCCCCCGAGGGGCUCCCCGAGGAGCAGCCCCCCAGCGCCAAGCUCAAGGGCAAAAUGCAGAGCCGCUUCGACACGGCCGAGAGCGUGGUCAUCGUGGCGUCUCAGAAGCGCGCUCUGGGCGGCCGCGAGCUGCAGCUGCCCUCCAUGUCCGUGCUGACCUCCAAGACGUCCACGCAGCGCUUCUUCCUGCGCGUGCUGCAGGUCAUCAUCCAGCUGCGCGACGACACGCGCCGGGCGCACCGCAAGGCCAAGCAGCCCGGCCGGCUGGGCGCCGCGGGGCUGGGGGCGGCCGGCAGCAUCCAGGCCGCCGUCCGGCAGCUGGAGGCCGAGGCCGACGCCAUCAUACAAAUGGUACGUGAGGGCCAGAGGGCCCGGAGGCGGCAGCAGGGAGACACGUCGGAGGCCGGGCCCGCGGACGCCGUCCCCCGGCGCGAGGAGUCGCCCAUGGACGUGGACCAGCCCUCGCCCGCCCCGCAGGACGUGGGCCCCGAGGCCGCGCAGGGCGGGGACAGGGACAGGGACAGGGACAGGGAGGAGCGGCCCCCGGAGCUGCCCCUGCUGAGCGAGCAGCUGAGCCUGGACGAGCUGUGGGACAUGCUGGGAGAGUGCCUCAAGGAGCUCGAGGAGUCCCACGACCAGCACGCCGUGCUCGUGCUGCAGCCGGCCGUCGAGGCGUUUUUCCUGGUGCACGCCACGGAGCGCGAGAGCCGCCCUCCGGUGCGGGACACGCGGGAGAGCCAGCUGGCCCACAUCAAGGACGAGCCACCCCCGCUGUCCCCCGCGCCCCUCACCCCCGCCACCCCCUCCGCCCUGGACCCCUUCUUCUCCCGGGAGCCCUCGGCCAUGCACAUCUCGGCCAGCCUGCCCCCGGACACGCAGAAAUUCCUGCGCUUCGCCGAGACCCACCGGACGGUGCUGAACCAGAUCCUGAGGCAGUCCACCACGCACCUGGCCGACGGCCCCUUCGCCGUGCUGGUCGACUACAUCCGCGUGCUGGACUUCGACGUCAAGCGCAAGUAUUUCAGGCAGGAGCUGGAGCGCCUGGACGAGGGGCUGCGCAAGGAGGACAUGGCCGUGCACGUGCGGCGCGAUCACGUCUUCGAGGACUCGUACCGGGAGCUGCACCGCAAAUCCCCCGAGGAGAUGAAGAAUCGCCUGUACAUCGUGUUCGAGGGCGAGGAGGGCCAGGACGCCGGGGGGCUGCUGCGGGAGUGGUACAUGAUCAUCUCCCGCGAGAUGUUCAACCCCAUGUACGCCCUGUUCCGCACCUCGCCCGGCGACCGCGUCACCUACACCAUCAACCCCUCGUCCCACUGCAACCCCAACCACCUGAGCUACUUCAAGUUCGUGGGCAGGAUCGUGGCCAAGGCCGUCUACGACAACCGGCUGCUGGAGUGCUACUUCACCCGCUCCUUCUACAAACACAUCCUGGGCAAGUCCGUGCGGUACACGGACAUGGAGAGCGAGGACUAUCACUUCUACCAGGGCCUCGUGUACCUGCUGGAGAACGACGUCUCCACGCUGGGCUACGACCUCACCUUCAGCACUGAGGUGCAGGAAUUCGGGGUGUGCGAGGUGCGGGACCUGAAGCCCAACGGGGCCAACGUGCUGGUGACGGAGGAGAACAAGAAGGAGUACGUGCACCUGGUGUGCCAGAUGCGCAUGACCGGCGCCAUCCGGAAGCAGCUGGCGGCGUUCCUGGAGGGUUUCUAUGAGAUCAUCCCCAAGCGCCUCAUCUCCAUCUUCACGGAGCAGGAGCUGGAGCUGCUCAUCUCGGGGCUGCCCACCAUCGACAUCGACGACCUCAAGGCCAACACCGAGUACCACAAGUACCAGGGCAACUCCAUCCAGAUCCAGUGGUUCUGGCGUGCCCUGCGCUCCUUCGACCAGGCCGACCGCGCCAAGUUCCUGCAGUUCGUGACGGGCACGUCCAAGGUGCCCCUGCAGGGAUUCGCCGCCCUCGAGGGCAUGAACGGCAUCCAGAAAUUCCAGAUCCACCGCGACGACCGCUCCACCGACCGGCUGCCCUCGGCACACACCUGCUUCAACCAGCUGGACCUGCCGGCCUACGAGAGCUACGAGAAGCUGCGGCACAUGCUGCUGCUGGCCAUCCAGGAGUGCUCCGAGGGCUUCGGCCUGGCCUAGGGGCCGCGCCGGCCCCCCCCAGGGGCUCUAUAAAUAUAUAUAUAUUUUUUGGUUCCAUUGGCUUUUUUUGGUUUGUUUUGGUUUUUUUGUUUUUUUUUUUUUUUUGUGGGGGGGUUUAUUAUUUUGGUUUUUUUUUUUUUUUUUUUCUUCUCCGGUCCCGGUUUGGGGGGGGUUUUUGCUCUGUUGGAGGGUUGGGGGUUCCCUCUUCCCCCCCUCCCCCCCUGUGUGGGGGCUGGGGGGGGGGCAGGGCGGUGAAAGGGGGGAGCCCCUGAAAUUAUAAAUAAGUUCAGCCCUUCCCCCCACCCCAAAACUGAGAGAAAAAGUUUAAAAAAAAAAAAAAAAGGAAUAAAAAAGUGCACUCUUGGUAA